AUGCACUAUAAAAUGUGCCUUUUUACUAGUUUUAUAUGCUUUUUAAUUAUUUUAGGCACCGCUUUUGGAACGGAAAAUUCUGCUAACAAAGGACCAAAAGUUACAGACAAGGUAUGGUUCGACAUUAAAAUAGGAGAAAAUGCAGUUGGAAAAGUCGUUAUCGGAGUUUUUGGUAAAACCGUACCAAUCACGGCUAAAAAUUUUAUAGAACUUGCUAAAAAACCUGUUGGAGAAGGUUACAAGGGUAGUAAAUUUCACAGAGUCAUCAAAGAUUUUAUGAUUCAGGGAGGAGAUUUCACAAGAGGAGAUGGUACUGGCGGAAGAAGCAUUUACGGUGAAAAAUUUGCCGAUGAAAAUUUCAAAUUAAAACAUUACGGAGCCGGAUGGUUGUCGAUGGCAAACGCUGGCAAAGACACAAACGGUUCACAAUUUUUCAUAACAACCGUACAAACCCCUUGGCUCGAUGGCAGACACGUCGUUUUUGGAAAAGUCUUGGAAGGAAUGGAUGUUGUCAGACAAAUCGAAAGCACUCCAACCGAUCAACGAGACAAACCAAAAAGUGAUGUCGUCAUCGUUGAUUCGGGUGCAGAAACCGUCGAAGAACCAUUUGCUGUUAGCAAAGAUGAUGCUCAAUAA